CGCGUGCUGCGGCGCGCGGCUGAGCAUCAUUAUCUGCGCGUGCGCCUGGAGCUGGCCGACGGCGGGGCCCGGCCCAACGCCGCGCAGUUCAAGCAGCUCGUGGUGACAGCGCUGAGGGAGCUGCACGGAGAGGUUGGAGCAGCUUUGCCUGUUGAUCUCUUAACAUAUGAAGAAAAAACUCUGUCUGCCAUAUUAAGAGUAAUCAGCAGUGGCCUUGUCAAGCUGUGGAGUGCUCUAACCUUACUGGGCUUCUACCAGAACAGGAGGUGUGCCUUCCGGGUGCUGCAGACAUCUCCAUUUCUACUUGCGUUAUCUGGCAACAGUAGAGAAUUAGUCUUGGACUGAAUGCAGUUGUUGGUUCGGCUGCAUGCCGGAGAAGUUCCUGGAAAUGUUGCAGCCCUUCAGGCGUGGAAUUUCUGGAGGGAUUUUCCAACAAAGAGCCUUGACAAAGCCAACGUUUAUCAACUCACUGCUUGGACAUCCCGUAUUUCAGAAUUUACACAUAAAAGUUGGAGACAAAGCUGAGCUUAGCAAGGCUUUUACACAGAA